GGGCGGGGCGGCGCGCAGGAGCCGUCAUGGCGCUGUCGCGCGCAGAGCGCUGUCUUGCGCUGCUGCUGCGGCUGCUGUCGCGCGCCUGCCUCGCCCUGCUUGCGCUGCUGCCGCCGCCGCGCGCCGGUCCCGCGCGCGCCGCUCCGCGCGCCGUCCCGCCGCCGCGGCGCGCGCUCCUGCUGCUGCCCGCGCGGCGCCUCGCGGAGCUGCUCCGCGCGCGGCAGGUGGCGUGCGUAGAAGUGGUGGAGGCGUACGUGGAGAGGAUCAAGGAGGUGAAUCCCCUCAUCAAUGCCCUGGUUAAGGACAGGUUCGAGGAGGCCCUGCAGGAAGCCCGGCAGGUCGAUAAGCUGCUUUCGGAGGGUCCUGGCGAUGACUGCCUGGAGGAGAAGUUCCCCUUGUUGGGAGUUCCCAUCACCGUUAAGGAGGCCUUUUCUCUCUAUGGGAUGCCCAACACCUCUGGCUUGGUCAACCGCCGCAACGUGAUUGCCACCUCGGAUGCCACUGUGGUGUCACGGCUGAAGCAGGCAGGUGCCAUCCCGCUAGGUGUCACCAACUGCAGCGAGCUCUGCAUGUGGUAUGAGUCCAGCAACAGGGUCUACGGGCGGACCAACAACCCCUACGACCUGCAGAGGAUUGUGGGCGGCAGCUCAGGUGGGGAGGGCAGUGUCCUGGCAGCUGCCUGCUCAGUCGUAGGUGUGGGCUCUGACAUCGGCGGCAGCAUCCGAAUGCCUGCCUUCUUCAAUGGAGUCUUUGGCCAUAAACCCACAACAGGGGUGGUGCCCAAUGACGGCCAGUUCCCAAACGCUCACGGGGUGCGGACCAGCUACCUGUGCACAGGGCCCAUGUGCCGCUACGCAGAGGACCUGGAGCCUGUGUUGAGAGUCAUGGCCGGUCCUGGGGUCAGCAAGCUGAAACUGAAUGAGAAAGUGUCGCUGGAGAAAAUCAAAUUCCACUGCAUGGAUCAUGAUGGCGGGUCCAUUUUUGUAUCACCUGUGGACAAGGAGAUCUUGCAGGCCCAAAAGAAGGUGGUGGAGCACCUCGAAAGUGACCUCGGUGUCCAGGUUCAGCAUGUGGAAAUCCACAAGAUGAAGUACUCUUUCCAGAUCUGGUCAGCCAUGAUGUCAUCCAAGGACAGUGAGGGACAGCUCGUGCCUCCCUGCUGCAUGUUGGCUUUGCUGACAGGGAGUGGGUGUGUUACAGGAGGCACAAAGAUUCACCGACCUGCUGGGGGACCAUGGGAAGCCAGUGUGGCCUCUGUGGGAGCUGAUGAAGUGGCUCAUGGGGAUGUCUUCUCACACUCUCCCAGCUAUCGCCCUGGGGCUGACAGAGAAGCUGGUGAACCUCAACCUCAGUGGGAAGGCCAAGCUGGUGAGCAUGGGGAAGAGUCUUCAGGAGGAGAUGGAGGCACUGCUGGGGCCGGAUGGGGUGCUCCUCUACCCUUCACACCCCACCAUCGCCCCCAGGCACCACUCCCCCAUCUGCACGCCCUUCAAUUUUGCCUAUACAGCCAUCUUCAAUGUCCUGGGCCUGCCGGUGACACAGUGCCCGCUGGGGCUGGGCAGUGAGGGGCUGCCGCUGGGCAUCCAGCUGGUGGCAGCCUCCUACAAUGACCACUUGACGCUGGCGGUGGCCCGGUACCUGGAGAAAGCCUUUGGAGGAUGGGUUUUGCCAGGGGAAGUUUAACCUUGGGAGACAGGGACAGAGACAGUGACAAGUGCUGAUGCUUGAUCCCAUCACGGCACUGCCUGCUGCCUCUGCAUCCCCCUGCACCCUGCUGGGAGUGGCUGGUGGUGCCUCCAGUGCAGGAACAGCUGGACCGCUGCCACUGGAGUCCUCAUCCCUGUGGCACCCUCUGUCAGGGAGAGACCUGCCUUUCCCAAACUCCUCAGGAGCCCCAGUGCCACAGUCUGAGGAUGCCCUGCCUGCAGUGGGCACCCACCCACCUUUUCCAGACUAUGGAGUUGGCCAGCUCUGUAACCUUUCUACUUUCAAAGCACUGAGUGAGAGCUGGGCAGAGGACGUGCUUCCAGAUUUCAGGCGGCAGCUGUGCAGCACCCCUCGGGGUCCUCCUUGGCCUGACCCUACCCACAGAGCUGGACUGUGCCUGCUGCACCCAGGCUUGCUAGCCCCCACAGUCCUCCCAAGCUCCUGAAGGCUUCCCCCCACUCUCUGACCAAAAAGGGAGAGGGGUUGAGGGGGCUGGAAGAGCUAUAGGCCUGCCUCACCAACGGUGCUUUGUGGGCGGGUGGGUGCUGGGCUCUGCAGUGUGUGCAGCUGUCAGGCACAGCUAGGAGCAUUUCAGCACUGGUAUUCAGUGAGGUAUUAAAGAACCUGUCCAGUCUA